AUGGCAGAUGCUGUUGUCAGCGUUCUCUUGGAUAAAUUGGUGUCAUUACUUGUAAGCGCAGGUCGUCAACAGCUUGAGUUUAAGGACCAGUUUGAGGAAACAAAGAAGGAGCUUCAGUACAUGCCGGAAUAUCUCAAGCUAGCUGAUCAGGUGAGGAGAAAAGAUAGGAACGACAUUCUCAAGAUGGUAAUGAGCGACUUAAGAGAGUUGGUAUAUGAUGCUGAGGAUGUAAUAGCAGAUUGCCAGCUUCUAUUCCAGAAAAAAUGUCAAGGCUGUGCACUCAAUUUUACGAGUUAUUGCUCUCCUACCCAUUUGAAAACCCGUCAUCAGUUGGGAAAGCGGCUGAGUAAAAUUAAUCAAAAAAUAAGAGAGGUGAAGGACAGGAUGAAGUCCUACUUGGUUACAGCUCCUCGCCAAACUGGUAAAUAUGAAGAUGGUGGGAAUAUGCCACUAACCCAUCCAAUCCUAAUGGAUGAAGCUAAAAUGGUAGGAUUAGAAGAUGACUCGAUGAAGAUUAGAAAUUGGAUCUUAGAAGCUAAUGGGCCAUUAACAGUGAUUGGAAUAGUUGGAAUGGGGGGAAUCGGUAAAACCACUCUUGCUCAGAAGAUAUGUAACAGGGAGAGUGCGGAAAAUUCUUUUGAGUACUCAUUUUUUGUUACUGUUUCUCAAAAUUUCAAAUUCGACGAAUUGCUGAAAAAGAUGCUGAAGAAACUAAAGGUAGAAGAGAAAUCUCUAAGGGGAGAUGACGUCCCUGAGCUACUGGAAAGGCUUAAGAGCAUGUUAGAUGAGAAGUACUUGGCAGUUUUGGAUGAUGUGUGGGGAACAGAUGAAGGGAGGUGGUGGGAUAGCUUGAAGUCCGCUUUGCCCUCAGUGGAGGGUAGCUGUGUUAUUGUUACAUCAAGGAAUGAGAAGGUUGCUCAAUCAAUGGGGGCUACUGACAAGUGCAUACAUCGUUUGCAAGUUCUUUCGGAUGACGAUAGUUGGUCGUUAUUUAGCAAGGUAGCUUUUGCAAGAAAUGGAGGUAAGUGCACAAAUCCAGAUUUGGAGGUCUUGGGAAGGGAGAUUGUUAAGGGAUGUGGGGGGCUUCCUUUGGCAAUCAACAUUGUGGGCGGAAUGAUGUUGGGGAAAGGUGAUUCCAUCCAUGAAUGGAAGCAAAUAUCAAAGCAUCUAAAGGAGGAGUUGGAAAUCAGUAAGAAAGAUGAGAUGAUCAUUUCGACACUAGAGUUAAGCUAUGAAGAGCUCCCAACACACUUAAAACCUUGCUUCUUGUGUUUUUCCACGCUUCCUGAAGAUUGUGAAAUAUCAGUUGACUACAUGCGUGAAUUGUGGAUUGGUGAAGGUUUUGUUUGGGGAAGAUAUGAGAAAACGGCAUUUGAGAUUGGAGAAGAGUGCCUUGCAGAAUUAUUUAAUCGAUUUUUAAUACUUGGAGUGGGUAAAGAUGUCUUUGAAAGUCGCUUCAUUCGUUGCAAAAUGCAUGAUAUGGUUCGAGACAUGGUUAUAAAAAUUGCAAGAGAAGAGAACUUUUUUGUGAGCUUGGAGAGUGGAGGUAGGAUCGGAUUCAGUGUGCAGUCUCGCCGCCUGGGAAUUUCAAAGAACACAACAGUACUGGAGAGCAUCCUAAACAGUUCCACCAAGCUGCGGUCAUUAUUUGGAAUGGAAAUUGAGAGGAGUGAGAUCAUUGGAAGUGUAAUAGUACUCUGCAAAGUAAGGUGGUUGAGGGUGUUAUGUCUUUCAUUGUCAAACAUGAAAAUCGAUGUUGUGGCCAAGUAUUGGUUGAGUGAGAUAGGGUCAUUACAGCACCUCGUUUUUCUUAGAAUAGAGAAUUCUGCGUUAAGAAGACUCCCCGAUUCAAUCAGAAAUCUUCGAAAUCUUCAGAUUCUAUAUUUAACAGACUGCCCGAAUUUGGAAAUGCUUCCUGUGUCAAUCACAACAUUGGAGAAACUGACAGCUGUCGAAAUCAUUAAUUGUACCUCUUUAGAAUGCAUGCCGGAAGGGCUUGGAAAGCUUUCAAAUCUUGAAAUUUUAUUUGGGUUUAAGCCAAUGAAUUUGGGUAGUAAAAAUGGAUCCGAUAUUUCAGAUCUGAAGAAGUUGACAGGACUCAGAAAACUUUGGAUGUACAUAAAGUCAGAGAAACAAAUAGAAGGAGAAUGGAAUGUUUUAUCAAUGCUCUAUCAUCUGCAAUUUCUAAUGCUAGACUUUGAGGGCAGUUCUCUUGAAAGUGAAGGAAUUGUAAAGAAGAUUGACAGUCAGUUUUCUGCUCCUUUAAUAUCCCUUAGAGGGUUGUAUCUUUUUAACUACCCAGGAGAAAGCACACCUGCGUGGCUCAGUCCUAUUUCCCUUCCCAAUCUUCAAUUUCUUGAGAUUGGUUGGGGAAGGAUUAAGAAGAUGGGUCCCAGAUUUUGGGACAGUGAGAAUGGGGUAUGGAAAGUGGAGGUCUUGGUGCUAAAAUACUUGAAAGAGAUGGAAGAAGAGUGGACGAGGAUGCGAAGGGCAAUGCCGUCUUUAAGACUCGUGAAGGUUCGUAAAUGUCCGAAGCUCAAGUCAUUCCCAUUGAAUGACACAUUUAAAGACAUGUUUGCAAACUGGAGCGUAUGGAGGAAAGAAGAAGAAAAAGGAGGUAUGCUCCAUGCACGGAGUGCUCCCAUCCUAUUUGAAGUUGCGCAUGCCGCCCUAGAAGAAGGAGAAGGAGGUUUGCUAAUUUCCCACGCACAUAGUGGUCCCAUCCUCUCUGAAAUUCCAUCUGCCACCGAAGAAGAAAAAGAAGGACCAGAGAUACAAGAGAUUUCAUCUGAGUAGCUCCAGCAAAGGCAAUUUAUAUCAUCUAGAGGCAACCCAUCAUCCAACAAUGUAUACAGUUCAUUGAAUACUUUUAACUUGCUAUCUCCAUUAAUAAAUUUGUGAACUCCUGUUCUUCAUGCCAGAUGGACAAAAGCCUUAAAACUUUCUUUUAUAAUAUUUAUAUUUGUAGCCAAUUAACCUUUGUAAUUAAUAUUUUCUGAUACUGGGGACAGACAUACUCUCUUGUCAUCUAUUCAAGGUUUCACUAUAAGAUACAUUUCAUUGAUAAUGUUAAUUAGUAGAUU